AUGGACGCGCCUCGAAAUGCGCUGCCUCGUAGUCAAAGUGCAUGCGGUCGCGUCGGCCGGAGGAGCGGUGACCGGCAUUGGCGCGGCGGAGACUCGAGCGACGACUACCACGUGAGCGGCGCGUUCGUGCCGUUUGGCCCACCGGCAGCGCACCCGGCGAGUGACAGCGUGCACCAGACGGGCGCCGGCUACAGCUCGAACAACGCUGGCGACGGACCGGAGAAGACGCGCGACCGCAAGAGCUGGUUCCCGCGCUUCAAGUCCAAUUGGCUCGGCACGUUCCGGUCGCGGCAGAUGUUCUACUGCUGCGAGUGCGCCGUGCUGCCGGCGCCGAGCAAGAGUCCGCUGUCGAGUCAGGCUGGGCGAUACAAGGGCGCAGAGGGCAAGCACUGCCGCUGCGGCAAGGACCAGUGGCACCUCGCCAAGUCGGUCGAAGAGACGGAGUACAACCGCCGCAUGGAGAUCAGCAAAGCUUUUGGCGGCAUGCGCUACGACGAGGCCGUGCUGCGCCUGCGGAGCAUGGGCCAGUCCGAGCUGGACUUCAAGUCGUCCAGGCACGUGCUCCACGGGCGGUCGCCUACCCAGGCGCGCAGCACCCACGACUUUGCAUCGACGUCGUCCUUGCCGUCGGCUCUGUCGUCUGCGUCCUGUCCAAACGUGCCCAAGCGCGCGCGGAGCGUGUCGAGCGGUCCGUUUCCGACGCAGUACGUUAAACACGAGCCGUCGUCGCUACCGAACCCGCCGGUGCACGUCUACGGCUACGACAAUCCGGCCAAGCACUACAGUGUCUACAAUCCCGUGUAUGGCAACAACGCCAGCGACGCCGAGUACGCACAAGCAGCGCAGUCGCGGCACCCCGACGCCUACGAGCACCUGACGCCGGCCGCGCCGUACGGAGACGAAGAGGGCUUUGGUGAGCUGCUGGAGGGUAUCCUCGAGGACGACCAACGAGGGGCAACAACCGGUGCACAGCACUUGAGUCUGAGUCCGACCCGAGGAGGAGGACAGGUGUACGCAGGCACUCGCUCCAGCUACUACACGGGGCCUCUGACGACGGCGAGUAGUAUCGCGCCGCUCAAGCGCACAAUGAGCAUGCCGUCGUACGCCACGAGUCCGUCCACGGGGGUGUCUCCACACCGCGACGGUGCAGAGCACGAGUACUCUGCUGAAGCGACUCGCCGGUCCAGCUUGAGUCUCGGUGCGAACCAAGCGCCGCCGUCGUACAUGACGUACCAUCCGGGACUGCACCAGCAGUCCCCGCAGCCCUCGUCGCAGCCGUUUUCGUACCAUCACGAUCUACAUCAGCAUCAACAACCACCACCACAACAACCACAGCAGCAGCCGCACCUCCACCAGCAGCAGCAGCAACAGCACCACGUUCCAGAGCUCCAGCAGCAGCAUUACCACGCGUUUGGUCGGCCGCUGUCCAUGACGCCCAAUGCGGUGUCCGCCACUUCGACGGCAUUUUCAGCAUGA